GAGGAGGAGGGAGGGGCCGUGAAUAGAAGUACUCAAGCCGUGUGAGCGAGGUACUCAGGGGACACCGCGUGAGCUUGCUACGCGUUUUUUGUGUAUGUGUAACGGAGAGAGAACGAGCAGCUCGUUAAUGUUAGCCUGCUGGGCGCUGACCGGAAUACUUGAACUAGCAACGAAGCAGCCUUUGGACUUUUGUCGAAGCUUUUGGGGCGACUAGACGACCGUAGCACCUGUUCCUGUGGCAGCCGCUAAACGGAGACGGAGGAGCGACGUCGCUCACUUGAGCCCGGAGCGAGUGGAUGAGUUCGGUGGAUGAAGGUCUGUCUGGAGCCCAGAGGGGGGCCUUGGACGUUGGACCCCCCUCUUUAGGAAUCGAGCCCACCAAGGACGAGCAACACUUUCCGGACAUCAUGUGCACGCGGGCUUAUCCCGACGCCUUACCCAGCAGCCCGCUGUUCUCCAAAGAUGUCGAGGAAGACGAGGGCAAGGAGAGAGACUCGGACAGAGACAGCGCAGUGGAAAGCACCCAAGGUUCUGACACAUCGGAAGGUCCCACUAGACUCGGGGAUAAAGAAGACAUCUUGGGGGAUCUCUUCUUCCCCGCUGAGAAGACAAGUGGCACAAGCAACUCUGUUACUUCUGACCUGUCGACGCGCUCCUCGGCUUCCCUGAACGAGGAGCAGUUUGAGGACUACGGCGAAGGAGGGGAGCCAGACUAUGCUCCCAGCAGUCCUUCUCUCGACGACGACAACCGCAUCAACGGGUACUCUGAUCUUGGCUCAUCUGUGUCCUCAAGUGCGGGUCAGACUCCUCGGAAGGUACGUCAACCGUACCCUAGUGAAAUGGUGGAUGUCUACUGUUCUCAGUGCAGCAAAAAAGUCAACCUGCUCAAUGACCUGGAAGCACGUCUCAAGAAUCUCAAGGCCAACAGCCCCAACAGGAAAAUCUCCAGUACAGCAUUUGGGAGGCAGCUGCUACACAACAGCAACUUGAGUAGCAGCAACGGAAGCACUGAAGACCUUUUCCGAGAUAGCGUCGACUCUUGUGACAUCGACAUCAAUGAGAAGGUGAACUUAUUGGAAAAGAAAGUUGCAGAACUAGAGAAUGAAAUUUUGUUGAACGGUGAUUUGAAGUCCAAACUGAAGCAGGAUAACACUCAUUUAGUACACAGAGUUAAUGAGCUGGAGGAGCAGCUGAAAGACCAGGAGGCCCGCGAGCACCAAAAUCUGCAGGGGGAGGUGAAACGACACCGAGAGGCCUUUGGCAAAAUGGAGAAAGACAAAAACACACAGAUUGAGCUGCUGAACAGCCGACUAAAGCAGCUGGAGGAUGAGAAAAAUGAAAUACAUGCUAGCAUGUGCAGACUCAAGACACAGACAGAAAAAUUGGACAAGGAGAAGCAAAGGAUGACAGAUAAACUGGAGGACACCAGUUUGCGAUUGAAGGAUGAGAUGGACCUUUACAGGAAAAUGAUGGACAAACUGCGACAGAGCAAGCAACAGUUCCAGCAGGAGAAAGAAGCCAUGCAGGAGCUGAUUGAAGACCUGCGCCGAGAGCUGGAGCACUUGCAGCUCUUCAAGCUGGAGGCAGAGAAGCCGGGACGAGGGCGCAGCUCAACUUCCAGUCUGUCCGAGUAUAACAGUCGGACCAGAGAGAUGGAGCUGGAGUACGAGGUCAAGAGGCUCAAGCAGGAGAACCAGAGGCUGAAGGAGCAGAACGACGAGCUGAACGGUCAGAUUCUCAGCCUGAGCCUGUACGAAGCCAAGAAUUUGUGCGCCACGCAGACCAAGGCGCAGUCUCUGGCUGCCGAGAUAGAUAAUGCUUCCAGAGACGAGUUAAUGGAAGCCCUGAAGGAGCAGGAGGAAAUCAACAUGCGGCUGCGGCAGUACAUGGACAAAAUCAUUCUAGCCAUCCUUGAUCACAACCCAUCCAUCCUGGAGAUUAAGAAUUAGCAGGGAGUCUGUGUCUGAAGAGACUGUGGAACAUUAGACACCCUGUUAUGGAACGCAAACAACUGGAAUAUCUCCCCCUGCUGUUUGUGGAUGAAAAACAAGGACAUACAGAAAGGGGAGUCACUCACUGUUUAUGCUGCUGUGACUCUUGAACGGCAUCUGUCCUUUUUCUACUAAGUCUGUUUUUUGGGGAUUGAACAAUAUUUGGACUAUUUGCACACUGGUAUGAAAAUUGGAACUGCACAUCGCCAUCUUUUGUUGUCAUCAUAGUGAAGGGACAGUUCGCUCAGUGUAGGCCAAUAGUUAAGCACUGUGAGACAUAUGGCCAGUGUACCAUCAUUUGAUCUUGAAGUGGGUACAUUUUGAGUCAUGGAGGUGGUGGGAGAAAAUGUGAGUGAUUUGUUUGGUACCUGCACGUCUUAAGAGUGGGUUGUGAAAUGUGACAACGGUGGUUAGAGAGGACUUUCGAGUAAAAUGGGUUAUGUCCCCAAACAGAAGAGGGUUUUGGUGAAGUCAAUACUUAUAAUUGCGCUCGUGAAUGUCUUCCAGAAACCUUGCAAUGACACAGGUUGUCACUCACUUUAGGGAGAGGAAAGCACAGCAACCCAAGGAGUUUCUUUGACCUGGAAUUUACGUCAAUGCAAUGCUCUAACAGGGGUGUCAAACUCAGAUCCUGGAGGGCCGCUGUCCUGCAUGUUUUCCAAGUCUCCCUGUUGCAACACACCUAAUUCAAAUGAGAUCAUCAACAAGCUCUGCAGACACCUGAGGUUGAACCUAUUCAUUUGAAUCAGGUGUGUUGCAACAGGGAGAUUUGCAAAACAUGUAGGACAGCGGCCCUCCAGGACCUGAGUUUGACCCCCCUGCUCUAGAAUGUCCCCGAUGCUUGAAAGGUACGCUAGCAAUAAUAAGCUCAACAUAAAUGUGACAAGGUGAAAUGAUUGUGACAACUUUUGUGUUUGGCACUGUGGAGUGGUACUAAAAACAAAAAGACUACACAGCCCAAAUGGUUGUCUGAAACUUUAUUAUAGUGUAAAUAUCAAGAAUGUACAUGUGAUAUAUGAGAAGGGAUAAGAAUAUGCUGUACUAUGUAAUUAAUUGAAACUUGAGUUUUGCUGCCUUGCACAAAAAAAAGUUUGUUUUCCCUCUGCAUGGUUUAUACAUUCUGUCUGUGCCUUGGGAGGAAGGUUUUCAGAAGGGUAAGUUCUUUGUCUUAAUCGUUUUCCUAACUUGUAAAUGUUAUAAUUAUGUGAACAUUUGUAAACAUGUGCUACCGGCUAGUCUUUUUCGGGAAAUCUAUUUUCUACCGAUCUUAUCAUGAAAGAACAUGCAAUGGCAUGCACUGUAAGUGUCCUAUUAGUAAAUGCUUAGCACAAAGCAUUGUGUAGUACCCCAGCAAACGUUAGUUUUUGUUCAAUAUAAAGAUUGCGUAAUACUGUGGGCGAAUGAUUUUGUUGCAUUUCUACAUUUACUUUUGCUCACAGAAAAUCCAUACAAAUUUAAAUUAGCUUUGUGGUAAGUAAACCGUCUUCCUUAUCUGAGCUCAGUGGUGAGCAUGGUCAACAUCCACAAAUGCCUGCUUUUUUGUUCUCUUGCUGAACAAAUGGUUUCACUUGGGCUGUACCAUUCUGGAAUAAAUUAAAGAAGCACAUGGAGCUAGCAAAAUA